AUGAGAAGAUUGCGAACGAGAAGUGUGGAAAAUGACCAGCAGAAUGGAGAAAUUAAUGGAGGCGUAUACGUUGCUCUCAUUUCGGGGCCAAUUAUGCAGCCAAAUAUUCGACAAAAUGGCAUUCCAAACUUACUUCGAAAUGCGAAUGCAAAUGCAGAAGCCAUUUUAGGGGCAAACGCUAUUCCAAAUGUAGCUCCAAAUGUAGAUCAAAAUCUAUUUCCGACUACUCGACCAAGCGUUUGUCCAAUUCUAGAAAAAAAUACCAAUUCCAUUGCUGCAUCAAACAAUGGCUUAGAUGGAACUUCGACCGAUGGUGCAGGUCCAUAUGCUGGAUCGAAUGCAGCUGUGGUCGUAGAACUAAACACUACUUCAAACUCCUUUCCAAAUGUUUAUCCGAAUCUAUGGCCGCAAGCCGGCUCAAUUGUAGAAUUGAAUGCAGCUCUGAUUGUUGGACAAAACGCUGAUCUAAGUGCAGGCUCAAAUGGCGGACUGAAUGCUCAGACUUUUCGACCAAACGCAGAACGAAAGCCUCGGGAUAUUAUAGCAGACCAUUAUUUUACAGAAACUGCCAUUUAA